GCCUAGAACCUAGUUUUAACUCAUGAUUUUAUGUUGGGAAAUUAUUUGUGACAAAACUUUUUUAACAAGUUGUAGCAUAGUUCCUCCUGUAAUCGAAGGCUGUAUGUAGCUACUUCAUGCUGACGAACAAACAAAUCAUCAACAAAAUUGAUCACGCCCCGUGCUACCUACCGUAUAUAACUAUGAUUGUUGUCUCGAUUUCCCUCCAUUAGUUACUAAUCAUCAGUUUUAAAGUGGACACUAUUGUAAAUUGAUAACUAAAAUGGCUAAUUACAUUCUUGCCAUCUGUUUAUUAACUUUUGUUCUAUUUUCCAAAGGCUCCUCGGCGCUAACAAACGCCCAGAACUCGGCAGUACUAUCCACGUUGCUCUCCGGAGCUAUCCAGUGCUUCGGCGAGCACCCUCUGUCAGCCGCCGAGAUGGACGCCAUCAAGAACAAGAAGACUCCAGAGACGGAGAAUGCCAAGUGCUUCGCAGCCUGUGUGUUUAAGAGAGUCGGGAUUAUGGACAACAAGGGUAAUAUAUCGGGAACUCAGGCCGUUCAGAACGCCAAAAAAGUGUUUGAUAAAGAUAGUGUGAAGAAACUUGAAGACUUCAUUGGUGAAUGCACAAAAGUAAAUAAUCAGCAUGUUAAUGAUGGCGCCAAGGGAUGUGACCGAGCCAAAUUGGCUUUUCCUUGUUUCGUCAAUAAUGCUCAAAAGGCAGAGCCGGACCGGCUCACAGACUUCCACAAGACGAAGCUGACCGACCACUUCACGACGUACGGCAUCGGCUGCAUCACGGAAUACUCCAUCACCUUUGAUGACAUCAAGGCUCUGAAGGCGUUCGAGCUCCCUCGAGGUGCCGAGGCUCCCUGCUUCUUCGCAUGUGUGCUGAAGAGGGCUCAGCUGAUGGACUCCCAAGGAAAAAUUACUCCCGAAUCGGUACUAGCAGUUGCAAAAGCGGUCUUUACUGAUCCAGACGAAUUGACCGAAGCAGUCAAAGUUUUUCAAUCGUGUGCUUAUAUAAACGACAAGCCAGUGUCAGACGGCACGCAGGGUUGCGACCGCGCGAUGUUCGCUCUCCAGUGCCUUAUGGAACAGUCCACGAUGGAAGACCAGGCCAGCGGCAGCGGCAGCCCUGACGCCACUGGAGGACCCUCGGGGGUGGCCCCAGCUCAACGCAGGGCAGCCCGUCUGCUCAUGGAGUCUCUGGUGACAAACCUUCUGCAGCUAACCUGUGCUGGCAUCGUCACCACCAGGAACCUCAUCCCUCUGAAGAUUAUCGCUGACCUUCUGCCUCUGGACACCCUCGCCGGCUUGUGUAGCUUGAUCACUUCUUUCACUUCUUAAGAAGGGUUUACAGUAGCAAUUUAUAUAGCAGCAGUCUAAGUUAACACUCGUCGAUCAUCAGCAAUUUUAAUUUGAAGGUGUAAAUACCUCUUUCGAUUUUUGUCUACAUUAUUGUUAUAGGUAAGUGUUAUGUUACUAACGUUUUUUUUAAAAUUUUCUUUUCUUUUUUUGUAUAACUACCUACACGUAGUGCGUCAACACAAAGGCUUCCACUGAAAUACCAGCGCAGUGUCCUUGACCUAGCCAAGGGCACUGCAUUAGCUGAGUGGACACCUUUUUGACGAUGACAGCAAAAAAAAUAUGUACAAAUGUGAUUUGUGUGGUUGAUUUUAUCAGUAUUGCUGUCUAUGUCAAAUAAAGUUUUAUCUUUCUUUUAUCUUUAU